UGAGUUGUCUUUUGAUAAGCCUUAUCUGAAUGCCACUUUUUAAAGAAAUUAUUUAAGAUCCCACUGUAGUAAGGUUUAGUUGAUCAAAUUGUUUAUGUUAGAAUAAGCAAUAUAUAACUGACAGUUUUAGUACAAAAUGGCACAAGUUUUCAAAGUGAUUAGCAGAGGAAUGGCUACGAGUUCACCAAUGAGAUCUGCUAUAAAUCAUGUGACGAUAGUUGGAGGAGGCCUAAUGGGUUCUGGAAUCGCUCAGGUGGCAGCGCAGAGUGGAAAUAAAGUUGUAUUAGUUGAUGUCAAGGAAGAUAUUAUUAAAAAGGCAGAAGAAAGUAUAGUGGCAAGUUUAAAAAGAGUGGCUAAAAAAUUACACAAGGAUGAUCAUGCGAAAGGUGAAGAAUUUGUAAAAUCUACGCUGGCAAAUAUAUCUUACUCAGUGGAUCUUCAGAAGACAGUUAAGUCUACUGAUUUAGUUGUUGAAGCAAUUAUUGAAAAUAUAAAAGCGAAACACACGUUGUUCACAAGUAUAGACUCAGUUGCUCCAGAGCAUACUGUUUUUGCUUCUAAUACAUCUUCAUUAAGUAUCGGUGAAAUCGCUUCAGUAACAAAGCGAAAAGACAGGUUUGGUGGUCUUCACUUCUUCAAUCCAGUCCCAGUCAUGAAACUGUUAGAAGUAAUCAGAAUAGAUGAAACUUCUGAGGAGACCUAUCAAAAGCUGAUGAAUUGGGGCAAAGCCAUUGGAAAGACUUGUAUAACUUGUAAGGACACACCUGGCUUUGUGGUUAAUAGAUUACUGGUACCUCAACUUGGAGAAGCUGUAAGAAUGUUGGAAAGAGGAGUGGCAACAUCUAGGGACAUUGAUAUUGCGAUGAAAUUAGGUGCUGGGCAUCCCAUGGGUCCAUUUGAACUAGCGGACUACACAGGCUUAGACACUACAAAAUAUAUAUUGGAUGGUUGGCAUGAAAAAUUCCCUGACGUAGAACUUUUUAAACCAGUCGAAACUUUGAAUAAACUUGUUUCAGAAGGAAAAUUAGGCCGUAAAAGUGGCGAGGGUUUUUAUAAAUACAAUACUACAAAAUAAUGUAAAUAAAUUUUGUUAUAAUUUUAAUAUUUGUUAAUUAAAAGUUAAUAUAUCUUAUUUUUUUAAUAA